AAUUUUCUUUUAUAUACGUCCUCCAUCAUCAGAAAAAUUCCACAAGAAACAUGUGAAAAACGCCAAAAAAGAAGAUUUUCACCAGAGUGGGUCUUUAAUGGAAAUGCAGAACAAAUAAUCGCUUUGAUCCGGUAAAUAAAAGUUUAACAAAGUGUGCAGUAAGCAGAUGAAAAAUGCAUUUAAAUGUGAACUGUGAAAUGUGAAAUUUCAUAACUUCUUUCUUACAAAAUAUGCUAACAAAGUCGAGCUACAAAUGAACAAAUGUUGUUUUUUUUAAUAGUAAACAUCAAGCCUGAACAUAAUAAAUCAAAAAGCAGAGCAGUACAACAACAAAGUGGGAUCAUACAGUACAAGCGCAUUCACCAACAAAAUGUUUUUAUCUGUUAUUUCGAGCCAGUUUUCUUCCAUAAUAAAAAAUAAUUGUAAUAAAUGAGAGUUUUGGGAGAAUUUGAACUUGAAUGUAAAUGUCCAUUUGGAAUCAAGAGGUUUGAGUGAAUAAAAAGAAAGUGUGACGGUCCUGAAAAGGAGGAGGAGGUGGUGUUGUGUAAGCAAACACAAAUGCUGCUGUUUGCAGUCAGUUUGAAUGUUUAGUUUUGAAUUCAUGUGGAAUUGUACGAACUUUUUUGUGCCUGUAUAUGUUGACGUAAUUUAUCAGAAGUUACUUAUAGCCCCCAUUUGAGGAAUAGUUUACGAAGGAGGGCUGCAGCAUGUGGAAGAGUGAAACAUGUUGGGUCUGAAAGCAGAAAGUUCCUGAGAACGCAUCAAGAUUUAGAACUUUUUUUCUGAGCCCGCAGCCUCACAGAGGUGUGGACUUCCAGCGAAACCUCUCCUCGUACUGCACUGCACGCUCUUCUGGCUGCCUUCAAUCAUCCACAAGGUUACCUGUCAAUCUGAGCGACGCCGUGCAGUUUCGUUUCAUAGAAACAUAUUUUUGUGUUACAUUUAUUUCUGAAAAAUCAGUGUGUGUAAUUGUAGAAAUCUGUCGGUACAAAUGAUUUUUUUUGUUUUAAAUCCAUGGUUACUGAAGCUGCAUUAACACCCCACCAUGUACUGAUGUGAAAACAUGCCUGUGUCUGGGGAGCAGGUGCCUUUUUUUAAGCAUUGUAGUUCUGUUUGUGUGUGUUUUUUGUUUCAUAUUUGUGCAUGAUAACAACUGUUUUAUGUUGCAUCCUAAAGAACUCUUUAGAUUGUAACUUAAAGUAAAUAUGAUGUGUUUUAAGAGGAAUUCACCCGCUACUGAAAGAAAAAAAGAAAAGAAAAAAGCUUUGGGGGCAAAGCACAGUGGGCAUCAUUAGAUAUUUUUAAAUAAAUUAAUAAUAGAUUAACAAUGGUUGUGUCUUUUAUUCACUUCUUUUUAUUGAUCUCUUAAUGUUUAUUCACUGACACGGUUCAGUUGUAAAGUUUGAAAUCUUUGUCCCGGUGUGAUGAGCUCAGUCAGGAGUUGGUAGGUGUCUGGAGGAGGAGGAGGAGGAGGAGGAGGAAGGUCUUCAUGUCUAAGGAGGUGUGAGACUCAGACAAACGAACGCUUUCAAAAGAAUGGCAGCGAAAAAGACUCGACACGUUUGUGUCCUCCUACCGGACAAGCAGCAUCUAGACUGCACUGUGGGGGUCAAAGCCAGAGGUCGGGAGGUGUGGACCAGUAUCCUGAGACAGCUGGGGGUCGGGGACCUCCAAGUGUUUGCUUUGGCUGUUCUCAGAGAUAAUGAAUACAUCUUUGUUGAUUUGGAUGAAAGGCUAACCAAGUAUUUCUGCAAGAGGUGGACCAGAGAGUCACCAAUGGUCCCUUACAUUUUAUUUUUAAGAAUCAAAUUUUAUGUGGAAAGUGGCCUGUUAUUAAUGAGCAGCAGAGUGCAGCAGCUGUACUAUGCAGAGCUGAGGCAGAAGCUGUUGCUUUCACAGAGUCAUCAUGAAGAAGCUCUGUUCUUCCUGCUGGCAGCUUUGGCCCUCCAAGCUGAGGUUGGAGAUCACAGAGAGACAAAUGAUGAAGACUUCCAUCACUACUUUCUGCCUGAAGAUUACUUCCCUUCCUGGCUCAUUAAGCGCAGAGGGAGGGACUACGUUCUUCAGAACGUUGGGCUGCUGCACGCCGAGCUGAGGGGUGAGGCGAGCAGCCGAGCCGUCCUGCGCUUCAUUAGAGAGGCCAACCGCCUGCAGGACGCCGCUUUGACGCUCUACAGGAUGAGACAGAACAAAAAGAGCAGAAAAAGCUCAAUUUUUCUUGGUGUGGCAAUGACAGGAGUCCAUAUUUAUCAAGAAAUCAAUGGGAUUCAUCAGAUUCUUCUGGACUUUUCCUGGAACGAUAUUGACUCCUUGACGUUUCAGGGAAGCAAGUUUGAAAUCGUCUCAUCCGCCUCUCUGUGCAUCCCCAAGCUAGUGUAUCACUCUCCCUCUGCUUUCCACUCCAAACACAUCCUGAUGCAUAUCAGAGACAGCCACCGGCUGCACUUCAGCACCAGAGAGGCCGCCAUCUACGUUCAACAUUUGGAAGACAUGGAGGCCGGCUGCUGUUACAGAGAGUCCUACAUCUGUGACACGACGGCCUUGAAGCAGAGACUUCAGAACAUCCUGUCCUCCAUGUCUGACUGUAGCGCUGCAGAGGAGGAUGAAGGCACUCCUUCCGAAGCGAAGCUGUGGAUGGAUGAAGAAUUUGUUGAUGACCCUGCUGAUGUGCCGUGGUUGGCUGAGGUGCUGUUUGGCGUGUCAGUGGACGGGCCUUUGGUGCUGACCUCGUCCUGCUGGGCAGCUGUCACAGCAGAAAUGAAACAGGUGAGCAGAACCAGAUCCCUGCUUGAGAGCUCUGACUCUGAUCCUUCAUCACAUGCCUGACAGUUUUCUGUGUUCAGGUUCUGUGGAGGAGGGCUGGGGAAGCGGCGUCUGUGGACUAACUACAAAGGAUUCAUCCUAGUUUUAAAUAUUGUCAUGCAGAAGCUGAAGUUCUGACAUUUAACAAACACGGAAACAUUUUCAAAUCAAUUUUUUCUGUUUUGUUUUGAAAACCAUGAGCUUGAUUGUUUUUAACAUCAAGCUCUGAGUAAAGUUUUUUUUUAAUUUUCCAAUUUAAGAACUGGAUUAUGAUCAAAAUAAAGGCAAGUAAAGCUAAGUAAAGCAUAAUAGAGGUGGGAUUAUAGAAAUUUGCUUCCUCCCACGCCUUUAAAGCCAUUAUUUAAAUAUAUUUAACAAACUUAAUAUUUGAUGGAUUAAAUGUGUCAAGUACUGCAUGUAAGUGCUUAUAUGUCUAUAAGUAUAAUUGAUAAGAAUAUCUACUUUUACUUUUUAUUUUUCCAAUCAAAUUAUAACUAAUAAUCUUACGAAAAUUAAAUAUAUCUCUGUAUAGAUGUAUAAUUCUUUUGUUUGCCUCCUUAAGGUUUUUGUUUAUUAGUUUUGUUUUGAUUUCUUGAAAUAAACCAAUUCCAACAAACAGAAUCUAUGUUAAAAACUGGUUGGAAAAAAAUGUGAUUGUAAAAAAGUAAAAUUUUGUUUUAAAUUUACAAAGAUAAAUAUAAAGUUGGAAAAGGACCAUUUAUUUAUUUUUGAUCAAACCGUAUUCUGUUCUAAUAAAUGGCAUAAAUGGAAUCCAUUUUAAAAGAAAAAUGGAGCAAGAAUUAUACAUGAAAACAAUUUAUACAACCUGUAGUAACAAAUGGUGCACAAAAACAUGUAAGUCAAGCUCAUUCAAAUAAAUCUUUACAAUUUGUUUUGCUACAUAU